CUCAAAGUACCCUGCCUUUCAGUACAGCAGCCAAGAAAGACAUUCCUCGCCCCGACAUGAACUCCAGGGUUGUUGUUGCCAUUCUGGCUCUUUUCGUGCUCUCCAGCUCUCUGACGGAAGGUGUCUCACUGGCCCGGAUCGGGAGCGAGCUGCGCUGCCAAUGCAUAAGCACCCAUUCCACGUUCAUCCCGACCAGACACAUUCAGGAUGUCAAACUGACCCAAAGCGGGCCCCACUGCAAGAACGUCGAAAUCAUUGCUACUCUUAAGAACGGGAAAGAAGUAUGCUUGGACCCCACAGCCAGAUGGGUGAAAGUGAUCAUCAAAGCCAUCCUUGAUAAGGCUCAAGCCAGUGCUGAAUCCCAGCUAUAAGGAAAAAAACUUUCAGAAUCUCUCCUGUCUUGCUUCCCUGAAAGAAGCUGAGCCAUUUCUACCAAGCCUACUUUAUAUAAGAGCCUUUUAUAAAUGGGGAUAUUUUGGUCUUAUUUAUGUAUUUGUUUUACAACUUUACUGAUAGAAAACCCUUUAUAAGGAUGUAUUUAAAAUAAGUGUAAAAGGAAGGCCUUGUGCAGGAAGAUGAAGUGGUCAAAUCAAGGUGAUUUGGAAAGUGGAAUGUAUUGCUAAGUGCAGUUGCAAUAGUGGUGAAACUGUGUGUACACCAAGCCACUAUUAUAGUACAUAUUGGCAACAGAUCCUGGUCCCUUGGGGCACAGGCAAAGCCAACACAGUUGCAUCAAAAGAGCCAACUACCUACUGUUGGUCACUUUAGUGGUCACAGCACCGGGAGACGCGGGUUCAAAUCCCCACUCAGCCAUGAAACUCAACCUAUGGCCUUGGGCUGGUCCGUAUCUGUCAGCCAUAUCUACCUCACAGGGUUGAGGGGGGAAAAACCACAUGUGAUGCUCCAAGCACCAGAGGAAGGGUGGGAUGAAAUGAAAUGUUAUUUAGUUAAUAUCUGUCAUAUCUGAAGUGCCUUUCAGAUAUAUUGGGUUUUUUCAGUUUCUAACCUAUUUAUUCACACGGUCAUAUCUGAAGUAAUUAUUUGUUGUCCUUGAAAUCUUCUGUGUCAGAUUAUUAUUAUUGUUAUUAUUAUUAUUAUUAGAAAAUCGUCAUAUUUAAGUUGGGGGAUCUUAUUUAUUCAAAUGGCUUGUCAAAGCACAGCCUGAAGUUUUCCUCACCUGAGAAUUCCUCACGCAGAGAUGCCAUUCUGAAGCCUCGCAUUUGCACAUGAGAUGUCUUUAUUUAUGUAUUUAUUGACCAAGAAAUGUUGAGCACUGUCAAAGCAUGUUUGCCUGUGUGCAACGGAAUAAAUUAUUUUCAUGUUGAAAUACGGAGUUCCUGUGUCUUGUUGCUGCAGUAAGUGGACAUUUGGCUUCAUCUUUGCUUCCUUAGAGAGAUUUCACACAUAAGCAGGACAGAAAGCUUUGUUACUGGGGU